AUGGCGCCUAGUAUUUUAAGGGAACCCAUCUGUAAAGCGCAUUCAUCGUCGUCGAACACCUCAUCUAUUACUUUAGCGCCAUUACCGAAGAAAAAUGGCGUUGAGUUUGCCGUGUAUUUGUAUGGGGCCCAUGUAACUUCAUGGAAGAAUGAACAUGGAGGAGAAAUGCUCUUUGUCAGUAGUAAGGCCAUUUUCAAGCCUCCAACAGCAAUUCGUGGAGGUAUCCCUAUAUGCUUUCCUCAGUUCUCAAACCUUGGACCUCUUGAGCAACAUGGAUUUGCUAGAAACAAGCAUUGGACUGUUGAAAAGGAUCCUCCCCCACUUCCAUCAGAGUCUACGGCAUUUAUUGACUUGAUACUAAAGCCCUCUGAAGAUGACUUCAAAAUCUGGCCUCACAGAUAUGAAUUCCGAUUGAGGGUAACAUUGGGACCUGAUGGAGAACUUCUGCUAACAUCUCGAAUAAGAAACAUCAACACUGAUGGAAAGCCCUUCACCUUUACAUUUGCGUAUCGCAACUACCUCUCUGUUUCAGACAUAGGUGAAAUUCGUAUUGAGGGGCUAGAAACACUGCAUUAUCUUGAUAACUUGCAGAAUAGGGAGCAGUUUACUGAACAAGGCGCUAUUACUUUUGAAGAAGAAGUGGAUAAAACAUAUCUUGGAACUCCAAGAAAAAUUGCAAUCAUUGAUCAUGAAAAGAAAAUGACAUUUGUUAUUCGUAAGGAUGGACUUCCUGAUGCAGUGGUGUGGAAUCCUUGGGACAAGAAGGCAAAGGCAAUGGCCGACUUUGGAGAUGAUGAAUAUAAGCGCAUGUUGUGUGUGGAAGCUGAUGCAGUGGAAAAAGGAGUCACUUUGAAACCCGGUGAGGAGUGGAAAGGAAAGCAGAAACUGUGUGUUGUUCCUUCAAGCUAUUGCAGCGGACAGCUUGAUCCUCAGAAAGUUCUUCAUGGCAGCUGAAACAUGUUUGUGCUGGCUUAUAUCAUGUACGGGUGCUCUGCUGCAAUUCAUGGUGGGAAUACAACUGCAAUCUCUGU